AUAAUUAUCAAUUGAAGGAUCAGCAUCAGAUACCAAGUGAAACCCCCAUUUUUGUUGGAAGCAGAAGCCAUGGAAACCAACACACUCCCAAACCAGCAGACACCAAAAACCAAAAGGCAAAUCUUCAUACUCUCAGGUCAAAGCAACAUGGCCGGUCGUGGCGGGGUUAUCAGGGACGCUAACAACCGUAAGCGGUGGGACGGCGUGGUUCCGCCGGAGAGCCGCUCCGAUCCAUCCAUCCUCCGCCUCUCCGCCACCCUCCAAUGGGAACCCGCGAACGAGCCCCUCCACGUCGACAUUGACUCCAGAAAGGCUUGCGGCGUGGGCCCCGGCAUGGUCUUCGCGAACGCGCUGCUGCGGCGGCGCGUGGUGGUGGGCGAGCUGGGUCUGGUCCCCUGCGCCGUGGGCGGCACCGCCAUGAAGGAGUGGGCGCGUGGGGAGGAACUGUACGAGAACAUGGUGAAGAGGGCCAAGGAAAGCGUGAAGGAGCGCGAGAAUAGCAGCGAGAUCAAAGCGGUGCUGUGGUUCCAAGGUGAAAGCGACGCGAUCAACGAGGAAGACGCUGCAGCUUACAAGGUCAACAUGGAGACCCUCAUCCACAAUGUUCGUCAAGACCUCAAUUUGCCAUCUCUUCCCAUCAUUCAGGUUGCAUUAGCCUCAGGGUCCGAUUACAUAGAGAAAGUGAGAGAAGCACAAAAGGCAAUUGAUCUUCCAAACGUGAUUUGUGUGGACGCGAAGGGAUUGCAAUUGAUGGAAGAUAAUCUUCACUUAACCACCGAGUCUCAAAUUCAGUUGGGUCACAAGCUGGCUGAGGCCUAUCUUACCCAUUUUCAUGCCUGAACUACUGGGAAAUUAAGCUCCCCAAUUUGAACCCACUUUUUCCAAGUUCAUUUCUGGUUUUUAAUGUACCGUUAGUGAUUCUGUUGCCAUGUGUGUGAGCUGGUUUCUGCUUGUAUCAAAUAACUUCUUGUUUGCACUGUGCAAACAUUAUUGGCUGUUUAGUAUAACUUGGUUGAGUCCCGCAGUGCCGACAGUGGCAGAAUAAUUGCAAUUCUAGAUUUCUUCCGUACUA